AUGGCAAGGCAGACCUCACACGUGUGUGGGGAAACCAAAAUGUGUGGUCUCACAGCCUUGUUUUUUGGCUUCCAUGUAAGCCGAUCUAUAGUGGCCAUUAGGGGAAACUGUGACUUGGCCGAGACACUCAAGGAAGGGUCAUCCUUUGUGUUUAAGGAGAAGAAAUCUGGCAUAUACAAAUCUGAUUUAAUCCAGGCAGGGAUAAAUGACAUGUGGUUCAUGAACCACAUUGAUGAAGGUAUAAUCUAUGCUGAAUACUUUGACCCUUUUCUGGUAAAGAUGUUGGCACUCGUACUCACAGUAGUUAGU